ACAUUUUGGUUACCAGUCGGUUUGACCACCAUCGCCAUCCUCCUCCCUCCUUCUUCCCUUCUUCCCUCAACCUUCCUCUCUCUCUCUCUCUCUCUCUCUCUCCCCCCCUCGCCAUCGCCAUUUUCAAUUCAUUCCCAGUUAAUUCUCCGGAGAUUGAACGUCUCAACGCUCCUCCGGCUUCGGUAUUAAAACCUGCAAUGGAUUCCAAUUCGACCCCUCAAAACCUCUGAAACUCUCCCUCCCCCUCCCUCUCUCUAUCCGACAACAUGGGUGCGUGCCUCUCCUCCUCCAAAGUCAGCGGCUCCGCCAGCAACAACCCCCCCGCCGCCGCCGCGGCCAAGCAUUCCCCGCCGGUGGCGAGGUACAGGGCCCCGCAUGGGCCCUCGCAGCAGCAGCAGAAGAAGAACCCGCCUCAGCUGAGGAUCAGGGAGAAGGCAGCCAACAACAACAACAUCAGCAACAACAACAAUAAUAAUAACAAUAAAAACAUCAAUAAUCGGAAUCAGAAUCAUCAGAAUCAUAGGAGGCAGGGGGGCGGAAUCCCCUGCGGCAAGAGCACGGAUUUCGGGUACGCCAAGGAUUUCGACGACCAUUACGUUCUUGGCAAGCUCCUGGGACACGGGCAGUUCGGCUACACGUAUGUCGCCACCGACAAGACCACCGGAGAUCGUUUCGCCGUCAAGAAAAUUGACAAGAAUAAGAUGGUUCUUCCAAUCGCUGUCGAGGAUGUUAAGCGAGAAGUCAAGAUACUGAAAGCAUUAACCGGCCACGAGAAUGUUGUACAGUUUUAUGAUGCAUUCGAAGAUGAUUCCUAUGUAUAUAUAGUUAUGGAGUUAUGUGAGGGUGGUGAGUUGCUCGACAGAAUAUUGGCCAAGAAGGACAGUCGUUACACAGAAAAGGAUGCGGCGGUAGUUGUAAGACAGAUGCUCAAGGUUGCUGCUGAGUGUCACCUACAUGGCUUAGUACACCGGGACAUGAAGCCUGAGAAUUUUCUCUUCAAGUCAGCGAGAGAGGACUCUCCUUUGAAGGCCACUGAUUUUGGUCUCUCAGACUUCAUAAAACCAGGAAAGAAGUUUCAAGAUAUUGUUGGGAGUGCCUAUUAUGUCGCUCCCGAAGUCCUGAAACGGAAAUCUGGCCCCGAGUCAGAUGUGUGGAGCAUUGGCGUCAUCACCUACAUUCUGCUGUGUGGAAGGCGUCCCUUCUGGGAUAAGACUGAAGAUGGUAUAUUUAAGGAGGUUCUAAGAAAUAAACCUGAUUUUCGCCGCAAGCCUUGGCCAACAAUAACCCACAGCGCAAAAGAUUUUGUAAAGAAGUUAUUGGUGAAGGAUCCUCGAGCAAGGCUCACUGCGGCUCAGGCCCUUUCACAUCCUUGGGUUAGAGAAGGUGGAAAUGCAUCUGAGAUUCCCAUUGAUAUAUCUGUUCUGAAUAACAUGAGACAAUUCGUUAAGUACAGCCGUUUGAAGCAGUUUGCUCUAAGGGCACUUGCGGGCACACUCGAUAAAGAGGAGUUGGCCGACCUCAAGGAUCAGUUUGAUGCAAUCGAUGUGGAUAAAAAUGGUUCCAUCAGUCUCGAGGAAAUGAGACAGGCACUUGCUAAAGAUCUUCCUUGGAAGUUGAAGGAAUCUCGGGUCCUGGAAAUUCUUCAAGCUAUUGAUAGCAACACCGAUGGGAUGGUAGAUUUUUCCGAGUUUGUGGCAGCUACAAUACACGUUCAUCAGUUAGAGGAGCAUGACUCGGAGAAAUGGCAAGAGAGAUCACAAGCUGCUUUCGAGAAAUUUGACAUCGAUCGAGAUGGCUAUAUAACUCCCGAGGAACUAAGACUGCACACGGGCUUAAAGGGCUCUAUCGACCCGCUUCUCGAAGAAGCUGACAUAGACAAAGAUGGGAAGAUAAGUCUACCAGAAUUCCGGAGGUUGCUGAGAACAGCAAGCAUCGGCUCAAAAACUGUCCAGAGCCCAGCCGGUUAUCGCCACACAAGAAAGAUUUAAGAUAAACCCCGGCAGUUUUCAUUGCUCGAAUCGAAGCAGCCCUCAUGAAAUGCCGGGAAUUCUCAUCGGGAUCUCGACUCUGUCAAAACUAUACAUUGUAUAAAUCACCUGCAAUCUCUUGAAAACUCAAAUCAAAGGGGGUGCAAAUCUUUCGGAAUUUAGAAGAGCGAAUGAAUACAGCAGGAAUUCUUUUAUGCCACGACGAGGUUUGGAAUCAGUUGGAAAGUGGAAUCAUCUGUUGUUAUCAUGGAAAAAAAUGGUUGGUUUGGUGAGUGAGUUUAAGGAUGGUGUAAAUGGGUUGCCAGUGUUGGUAUUGUGCCACUCAAAAUGUCAAGAAAAAAAUUGUGCAUUCGUUUAAGUCUUA